UCAAAACCAUGCGUUCAAGAAGUGUAAACUCUAGUGAGUCGAGUUUGCAUUUUAUCCUUUUUGUUGUUCCCUCCCUUGUGUGAGCAUGGACGGAAAGAAGUUGGAGUACAAAGGUAAGGAAGCACUCGAGGAGAUAGAGAGGCUGACGAUGAAGGCUGAUGAAGUUCAGGAACGUGUUUUGAAACAGAUCUUGACUCAAAAUAGGGAAACUGAGUAUUUGAACAAGUACAUGAUGGGAGCAACAGAUAUAACAGACAUAGCAGAGUUUAAGCGAUGCGUUCCAGUGAUCACUUAUGAAGGAAUCUACCCCUAUAUCCAGAGAAUUGCUAAUGGGGAAGACUCUUCUCUCAUCACUGGUCAGCCUAUAACAGAAAUGCUAUGCAGUUCAGGAACAUCUGCUGGAAAGCCUAAGAUGAUGCCAUCAAUUGCGGAAGAUCUUGACCGCCGAACCUUUGUUUAUAACCUUAUCAUGCCAAUCAUUAAUCAGUAUGUUCCUGGACUUGACGAGGGCAAGGCAAUGUUUCUGUACUUUGUGAAGGCAGAAAUGUCCACUCCUUGUGGCUUGCCAGCCAGGACUGUGUUAACGAGCUACUACAAGAGCAAACACUUCAAGGGCCGUACGAGAGAUCCAUGGAAUGAUUUCACAAGCCCUGACCAAACCAUUCUCUGCAAUGACAGCAACCAGAGCAUGUACUGUCAAUUGCUAGCUGGUCUGGUUCAUCGCCACCAAGUCCUAAGGCUGGGUGCAGUCUUUGCUUCUGCACUUCUCCGAGCCAUCUCCUUCCUUGAACGUAACUGGAAGCACCUAUGUGAGGACAUCCGAACUGGGAAGCUGAAUUCUUCCAUGACAGACCCAGGAUGCUGCUCAUGCAUGUCCAUGAUGCUUUCUCCUGAUCCAAAUCUUGCCGAUGAGGUAAGUGAAAUCUGCAGCAGGACAUGUUGGAAGGGAAUUCUAUGCGAGCUGUGGCCCAGGGCCAAGUACAUUGAUGCAGUGGUCACUGGGUCUAUGGCUCAAUAUGUACCUGCUCUCAAGUAUUACAGUGACGGGAAAUUGCCUUUGGUUUGUACCAUGUAUGCUUCCUCUGAGUGUUACUUUGGGGUCAAUUUGAAACCUUUAUGUAACCCUGCGGAUGUUGCAUUUACCCUCUUGCCUAACAUGGGUUACUAUGAAUUCCUUCCUCUUGGACAUAACGGGACACUUCUGAUGGCCUUUGACGAUGAGGAGGAAGUCCCAAAUGACAAGCUCGUGGAUUUGGUGCAUGUUAAGCUCGGCUGCUUUUAUGAGCUAGUCAUCACUACCUUCGCCGGACUGUAUCGUUACCGGAUCGGUGAUGUGCUUCAAAUGGUUGGAUUCCACAAUAAAGCUCCACAAUUCCGAUUCAUAUGCAGGAAGAACGUCGUUCUCAGCAUAGACAGUGACAAAACCAACGAAGACGACUUGCAUAAGAGCGUGACCAUGGCUAAGAAACUUUUAGAGCCUCAUGAUGCGAUGCUUUUGGAGUACACAAGCUACCCUGACACCUCAUCAACGCCAGGACACUACGUAUUGUAUUGGGAAAUACUACGUCACGGCUCGGGGAAUCAAUUUGAUCAACAUGUGAUGGAGGAGUGCUGUAUUGCGGUGGAAGAGCAGCUAGACUACGUAUACAGAAGGUGCAGGAGCAAUGAUGGAUCAAUAGGGCCACUAGAGAUAAGAGUGGUGGAGGCAGGCACAUUUGAGGCAUUGAUGGACUUGUUCAUCAGCCAAGGGGCUUCAAUCAAUCAGUACAAGACCCCAAGGUGCAUUAAGUCUAAGAAAGCACUCAAGCUGCUCAACUCUAAAGUGAAAGCGUCCUUCUUCAGUCCUAGAGAUCCCAAAUGGGCACCUAUUAAUAAGAUGGCUUAAUUGAGGGUCUUUCAAUACUUCAUCACUUUUUGUUUCCUCUUCCUACUCCUAUUUUGCCGUUACCGUAAGUUGGUACUUGCAAAAGGAUGUAGCCUUGGGUUAAUCAAAUUUGUCUUUCUAAAAGAAAAA